AUGGAUUUACAAAUUAUGAUAGAUUACAAAGGUUUAAUUAAUUUGAAUGACUGGAUUAAAGGAUUCUUUAUAUUGAAUAAAUUCUGGUUGAUUUGGUUCAUCUACUAUUUUGUACAUAAUAUCAUAAAAAUUUUGGCUGGUGUUAGAUCAACUAUUCAAAAUAGAAAAAUUUCAAAGCUUUGGAUUAUUUCUAUUCAUCUGUUACCUAUAAUAAUUAUACUAUACUGGUUAUAUCAAUUAUUUUUUACUAUUAAUGAUUAUACUAAUACUCUAACUGGUCUUUUUAUAUCCAUACUAUUCUCUAAUUUAAUUGAAUUAUUCUAUACUGUGACGACAAAUAUGUCAUAUUUUAAUAAUGACAAUGUUAAUAUUGUCCUAGAAAUAAUUCCAAUUUUUUAUUCUUUACAUUAUUACAAUAGUUGCACUUCUAAGUUAAUGCCAUUUGGGUUGGAUUUGUUUUAUGUUUUAUUUAAUAGAUUAUUAAUUCAUUUUUUAGAAUUAUUUGAUAAAAGAAACUGGCAUCUAGCUAUUGAUUCAUCUAUAAAUAUAUUCAUUCUUUUCAUCUUUUUUUAUGAUAACGACUGUUUUGCCUCACAAUUGACAAAAAUCCGUCUCUUCCCUAAAAUAGCACCCGUACUGUAUUGCAUUGUAUCACAACUAUUAUAUUUUUUCCAUUUAUCAAACAAUGAUAAGGGUAAUGAUAUCUGGUCCCUAUUUAUUAACCAAUAUCAAAGUUAUGAAGAUAAAAGUUUCCAAGAAUUUGUUAUGAGUUUAGCUACUUCUCAUGCAACAAAUGGUUCAAUCAACCCAUGUAGCUGUGAUAUAUAUGGCAACCGGGUGUGUGGUGUCGUUGAUACCGGUUCUUAUAUGAUCAGUGGAUAUUUGAACCAAUAUAAAGUAUCGCCUCUAUGGAAGAAAUAUAAUACAGAUGAGAACACAAAUGAGAAUGGUAAUAGAAACACAGGUCUAUCAUCCCAUUAUAGUUUGGAAAAUGCAUAUCUUUCAUUGAUCAUAUUGGUGCAAUGGACACUUUUUAAUAUUGCCCAGAGAUUGAAACAAUUUAGACUACGUUUAUUAUUGUCUAAUUUAACAUCAUUAAUUCUAUCUAUUUGUAAAAAAAAUAGUAAUAAUAAGAGAAAUACUAAGUCUAUAUCAAAUAAAAGUGAGCCUAAGAAUGGGAAUAAAAAGAUCAAAGAUUUAAAUAAAUUAGUAACAGCCAAAAAUUAUAGUAAAUUUUUCUUGCGAACUAAAAAUGAUAAUAGUAAUGAUAAUCGCAGUUCGAAUCCACAAGAUUCAUUGUUUUUACUACCUGAUUUUGAUUCAUCCGAAGAUUAUUCACCAGAUAACUCAUAUAGUAACACUGAUAAAAAUGAUGAAUUGUAUGAUACAGAAAGUUGGGCACUAUCGCAAGAAGUCGAUAGCGAGGAAGCACUAACAUUGCAUGAUGAAUUAUGGCAGCUAUUGUUAUCGUUUAAAGAUAAUUCUAAUCCUCAAUAUUGUUAUAAGAACACUAAUGAGGAAUUACUGUGGCAGAUAUCCAUGUGGUCUCUACUAAGACAUCAACUGAUAGAAAAUAAAAGAUUGACUAGAUCUAUGUAUGCUAAAGAAUCGAGUAAAGAGUUAAUUUCUGAAAUCGUCUCAGAACAAAGAAUUCAGUUAGAUGAUAUUAUAUUAAAUGAUUUUGAAGAAAUAGGUAUGAUAAAUGAGACAAGUGAAAUGGACGAGAUAGAUGAUCCACUGGUUUGUCCAAUUUGUUGUUUGAAUCCAAGAAACGUUAUACUUUGGCCCUGCCAAUGUCUAACUGUAUGUGAUGAAUGUCGAUUAAAACUAGGGCAUAGAGCAAUCAAGAGUUGCAUGUCCUGUGAUAAACAUGUGCAAGGCUAUACAAGGGUAAACUUUGUUUAA